CUUCCAUAGUAAGAAACCAACUACAAGAGCUCUUGAAAUGAAGAAAAAGAUUGUGAUAAAUGUGCCAAUGCACAAUGAGAAGGCUAGAUCAAAGGCCAUGUCGAUUGCUGUGAAUGUACCAGGAGUGGCGGCAGUGAGUAUCGGAGAAAACGACCAGCUUGUUGUGACCGGAGAAAGGGUGGAUUCCGUAUGUUUGGCAAAGGCUCUUCGGAAAAAGUUUUGCUUUGCUGAUAUUGUGAGCAUAGAAGACGUUAAACCGGCCAAUUCAAGUGGAUCGUCUUCACCGAAUUCAAGUCCUCCACGGCCAACUAUGGCGCAGUACUGCCCACCGGCUUAUUAUGAAAGGGUCGUGUACGAUUCCUCUCCUCCUAAUUGCACCAUACUCUGAUUUUCUAGGUUUUCAUUUCAUUUUUUUCUUUACAAUUUUGGAGUUAUCAUUAUCAUAUCGUAUCAUAUAAAUGCUUGAUCGAUGGUGUAUACAUUUGUUUCAUUUAA